ACUGGGAUGGAAAUGGACUGUCACGGACAACCGCAAGUGCAUGGGACUUCUGUGGUAACAAGACUGAGAAAAGACUGUUGACCAGAAGGCUGCACAGCGUUGGGUAUCGUGAGAACAAACUUCAAUUAAACGAGUUUCGCACGGCGAUAGAUUCAUGAUAUGACAGGUGAGUCGCCAUUUUGUUUGCUCUUGGAACGUCCACCACUUUUGAAAACAAACACAUUAAUGCAUGCACUUCUACUGGAAAAUGCUUUCUAACUUGUCUCUAUAUGGUGAGGGACAGAUGGGAUUCAUUUUUUCGAAAGAAUAACCAAUUGAUCACGCUUUCAAUUGACUAAGGACAUCUUCAGCUCUUCAUUUACCAGGGGGRAAAAACGAUAAACAACCACGUAUAGUCCAAGUGCAAAGGACCUCAACUUGUAUCGACGAAAAUGAAAAAAAAGCUUCUCAACUUGGUAGGAUUUCUUCUGUUGAAUCUAGAAAACCUCCGUUCUGUUUGUGCUGGAGAAAAUGAACGUUCAUUCACGGGUGCUAUCAUAGUGCGAGAAGGCUCCUUUUUCACUCACACCCCUCUGCUUUCAAAACGAGCGAGCAAAGAUUUUGCUUGUACACAUAUAUGUCUGGCCAACACCUUGUGUAUCGCUAUUGUCUUCUGUGAUCACGGUUCAAGGAAGAGCGGAGAUUGCCACUUGUUUAACAAGGGAAUACGAACCGAGCAAACUGUGGGGAAUUAUCCUUUUUUUGUCGAGAAGAAUGGAUGUACAUUUUAUCAGUUUGUGGAUGUUUUUGAAGGAUGCAGCAAUAUCAAGUGCCAAAAUGGCGGCYCCUGCUACCAUGACAACGAGUAUGGAGGAUUUAAAUGCGCAUGUGUUGGGGACCAUGAAGGCGACUUUUGUGAACGAUUAAAACCUAUAGUUUAUCGCUUUACUCACUUGCGAAGUAGUGGAAGAACGGGCCCUACCUCUAAGUCACAGUACACUGGGACGACCUUGGAGGGAAGUGUGACUCUCUUGCAAGGGAAGCAACAGUGGAGUGUGCCCUUCACUGGACGAUACCACUUCGACAUUCAAGGCGCAUCGGGUGGGGAUGGAAGGAAUAACUGGCACAAGGGAGGCAAGGGCGCAAAGGUUUCUGGAUUUGUGUCAUUGAUAAAAACAGCCAGCUUGAUCAUUGUUGUUGGACAGGAAGGAGUGUCAAGCAAUACCGGUGGGGGUGGUGGAGGGGGAGGAAGUUUUGUCUUUUACAGUGAUAACAGACCAAUAGGUGUUGCAGGGGGUGGGGGUGGGGGAGGUGGUCUCUUUACUCAAAAAGACGGCCAGGGAGGACUGGCGAGUCAGACAGGAGGACUAUAUGGAGGUAGAAAAGGCCUUGGAGGUACRUCAUGUACUCAACCAGGCUACGCUAUUCCAGGGGGAGGGGGAGGGUACGUCUCAAACGGGCUGUGCUUCAAAGGCCCGACUUGUCUUAACACGACGCAAUGCGACGCAGGGGGUGGGUCUUCCAAAAAUGGUUUCCUCGGUGGUAGAGGAGAUAGUGAGGGCGGGUUUGGAGGAGGCGGAGCUGCGAACAGCACUUCACCAGGGGGUGGGGGUGGUUAUUCAGGAGGUGGGGUGAGUGCUAUUCCUCAGCAAGGGUUUGCUGGAGGUGGAGGUUCGUUUACAUUUGACAGUAGUUGGAAUGCAGUUAGUGAUUAUAAUGAUGGUCAYGGUUCUGUUACCGUCACGUUUCAUGGAUAGUGUUUGUUUUCAAUAUAAUUUUAGACUUGAAUAUAGAACAUUGCUCCCAGUGAACUGUAGAGCGACCAGUGAUUGUGAGGCGAUAAUCACUGCUCGAGCGGUAAUUAUGAGGAUUUUUCAACGUUUUCUACAGUGGAAUUGAAAACAGAACUAAAAGUUUUUUUUUCCAAGUCUAAAAUUAUACUCAAACAAUAAUUCACUUCUUCAGGCUCAGUGAUUAUGKGGAAUAUUUACCUCGCCGCUCCAAGACUCCAUAUAAUUGUUCAAUAACAUUAACUAGACUUGGUCAUAAAUGUGGAAAAUGUGCACGUUAAGAAAUUGCUUGCAAGCGUGAUAGAGUGUUUAACUGCUUGCAUCUCGUCGGUGGCUGUGCUCGUGGUUUUUCUAGUUCAAAACUAGAGGAGCUGCUUAUUGAUUUUCUGACGCACACGAUUAGAGCGGUUUUCCUUUAAGUGGGAAAAGAUGCGGUAAAUUCGUAUUCGUACUGUAUCUUAUCAUAGCCGUAACGACGCAUUGUGUUUGGAUGACUUUACCGGAAGACAAUGAGAAGCCAUUUCAAUGUUAUGGCAUGUUGUACCAUGCUCAUGGUGUAAGUCAGUACCGUAUGUUUUCCACUCAUACGAAAACCACUCUACUAUAAUCAAUGACGAUCUACGCAAAGAUCAGAGGCAGCUCAAGCAUACAUGUGUAGGGAAGGGGGGAGGGGAGGGGUUCGCGAACAAAGUGAAAUUACAAAGUGAAUUAUUAAACUGUUAAUAGGUUUUCCACCAUCACGUGACGGCAGCAAUCGUUUUAUACAAGAAAAAUUCAAUUCCCGAGAGCAAAGGGAUUUUAUAUAUUGUUCUGCUGUGUUAUGGGAGCCGGCACGUUAUGGUGUGCAAAACCUCUUUUCGUAAUCACAAAGUUUGAGGGUUGGCAGCUUGUGGCAGUAAUCUAGUCAUUUCGGUAUGUCAGUCCUCACAGAUCCGGAUAACGAAUAUACGAAAUUGUAAUUACAUACUAUUAGUUUAAUUUUAUUUCCUGGGGAAAUGAAGAAAGAGCAAAAACACGCUUCACUAAACUAAGUACUCCUAUUAAAAUAACUUAAACAAACACACCUACAGGUAAAAAUUAAAUUCUACAGCCUACGAACAAGUUCAGGGGACUGGAGAAGAGAGAAAGGUAAAGGUUAUAAAUCAUGCAGUUGUUGGGUCUUUUGUAAUUUAGUCACGUGGYGAUACAGUACACUACGUCAUAUAAGCCAUAAAUUGGACGCAAGCCACGGGGGAAAUCUUUAGUGAAUGUAAAGCACGUCGCAAUACUCUUAAGUAAAUUUUAUAAAGACGAUUGGUUGCAUACUAUAGUAACAUAUAUAGCAAGUAUAAAUUAUUUCAAAAAUAUGUAAUCCGAGUUUUGUGCCAUCCAGGUUGAGCCACGUGACUGUUAAUUGAAAAAGGCCUUUUAAUUUUUAAAAUAGUACGGAUACCUUACCCUUUGCACGCAAACACGUAGCUGGGAACGAUGUUACACCAUCGCGGCAAUUUUGGUAGUGUUCAACAAGAUUCCUCGUUAGCUUCUGUUUUAAAACCACCAACAUGGCCGCCAUGUCUUUGUCAUUUGAAUCUCUUGAACAUGCUUGCAAAGUAUUAGUAAUAUAUUUUCUAACAGAAUGGUUUCCACCCCGUGCUAUAACCUUUUCUGAUAGUGAGCAUGUGCAUUGUGGUCCACCUUGGGUACAAAUAGUUUUUGUUCAUCAUGWCUCAUAUGGUGUUCUUUACACCCAAGAUAGACCAAGAUGCAAUUCUGGUSGGUUUAGGCGUUGCCUGGUCCCAUGGGAGAGUAUGGUUAUAUAUAAAAAGUAUUUAGUUACUUAGUUACUCUUGAAAUUUUCUCUAUCUCAAUAAGUUGGAUAUCGUGUAAAAUGUUUAGUUAAUAUUGUGCCUCGUUCAAUGUAAUAAAACUGUGCUKAAUCGCAAUAAACGAGAUACCAUUUCAUGUA